AUGGCCACCCGUACCGCUAUCACCCAGAUCAAGAAGUCAUCCGUGGACAUCCUGCACCUGCGUUGUCAUGUUCGGCCAGGUGCAAGCCAGGUACGCGAGGGAGUUACGGCCGUAAACGACGAUACGAUCGAGCUCUGCGUGGCCGCUCAAGCGCACGACGGAAAGGCAAACAAAGCUGUGCUGGAAAUACUGAGUGAGGCUUUGGACAUCGCAAAGUCUGACCUACAGAUUACGCACGGGUUGAAGACCAGGGAUAAGACCAUCAGUGUCCCCACUGCUUGCUUCCAGCAUGGAGGGGCCAGGAAAGACGUAGACAUCUCGCUUCUCGUUAGAGAGAAGCUACUGCGCAGCGAAUCGACGUAA